AUGACGCGACGCAGUGGGAAGGAUGGUCUUGAUGAUCCUCUGACGACGGCAGAGAUCCAAGACAUAGCAGAGAGAAAAAUGAUUUCUUCUGCAUGGGACUAUUUCGGGAGGGCUGCGGACGAGGAGAGGGCAUUGGAAAGGAACAGCAGCGCUUUCAACCGACUAUUCGUUAUUCCACGUGUACUAAGAGACGUGAGCAAUGUGAACACCGACACAACUUUACUUGGUCACACAUACUCUAUGCCCGUGGGGGUAGCACCAACAGCGAGACAAAAACUAGCUGGUGGUAACGGGGAAAUAGACACUUCGAGAGUAACGGCCAAGAUGAAUCUGAACAUGACUCUGUCGGCCGGCUCCUCUACACCGAUAGAGGAUGUAGCUGAUGCUCGAGAGAAGUCGGAAAGGUCUCCGCCACUUUGGGUGCAAGUAUAUCUUCAGACCGACCUAAGUAAGAGUGUACAAUGGAUCAAACGUGCCGAGGCCGCUGGCUGUACUGCUCUUGUUCUCACCGUGGAUACUCCUAUACUCGGCAACAGAUUGUCUGAGCGUCGCAGCCUUCUCGCCGAAAACGAGGUGAGCACGAAGCCCAUAGCCAGCGCAGCUACCGUGAAUCGCAUCCUCAUGGACGCCCGAACCAAGAAAGAGGCCAAAGAUAUCGCCGAUUCCGCCGGCGGCGCUCUGAUGAACUCAGCCCUGACAUGGGAGACCACGAUACCGUUCCUUCGUUCUGUGUCGUCCAUGAAGAUACUUGUCAAAGGCAUCAUGUCACCUGAGGAUGCGAGGCUUGCAGUCGACUACGGGGUUGAUGGCAUCGUGGUUUCCAACCACGGGGGAAGACAACUGGACUGCGUGCCUGCCACUCUGGAGCUGCUGCCGCAGAUUGCGGAAGUCGUCGCGGGCAAGAUACCUGUUAUUCUUGACGGUGGGGUGAGGCGGGGAAGUGAUGUAUUCAAGGCGAUAGCCUUGGGUGCAGACUUCGUGCUUGUUGGUCGUCCCGUGCUUUGGGGACUGGCUUACGAUGGAGAAAAUGGUGUUUCCGCAGUGUUGAACAUCUUGGAGAGGGAGCUGAGCCAGACGAUGGCGCUAGCAGGAGUAAGCUCCAUCGCAGAAAUUGGCCGAUCGUAUCUCGGGGUGGCGAGGGAUAAUGGCUUCGGGAUCAAACGUCUUUAG